UCCACAUUAUCCUCCUCGCAUUCCAUUUGCUUAACAUUUGGCUUUAAAUCAUGUUUGACAUACAAACAUACCCCACCACCCUUCUUGUUUUUCCUAUCCUUCCUAAAUAACAUGUACCCAUUUAAGUUAGCUGCCCAGUCAUGUGUCUCAUCCCACCAUGUUUCAGUUAUGCCUAUUAUAUAAUAUUGUUUAGUGUAUGCUAAUACCUCUAGUUCCCCCAUUUUGUUAUUUAGGCUUCUUGCAUUAGUAAGCAUACAUUUAAUAUUAUGCGUCACUUGUAUAUUUUGUGAAUUUUCACCAUUACACAGCUUCUCUGUUCUGAGCUUGCCCCUUCCCCCGUUUCCACCCCCCUUAUACUGUGCUAAAGCCCAUCUCCUUUCUGUCCUAUCUCCAUUUUGUAGAUUGCCAUGACCCUCCCCCCCUACUACUGGUUUAAAAUCUCCUCCAACCUUCUAGCCAUCCUAUCCCCCAGCACUGCAGACCCUCUCCCGUUUAGGUGCAAUCCAUCACCACUAUAAAGGUUGUACCCAAUCGCAAAGUCGGCCCAGUGCUCUAAAAACCCCAAACCCUCCUUCCUGGACCAAGACUUAAGCCACGCAUUGACCUCUCUAAUCUCCCGCUGCCUUUCCACUGUAGCGCGUGGCACAGGUAAUAUCUCAGAGAAUACCACCUUCAAGGUCCUUUUCUUAAGUUUGCUACCUAAUUCCCUGAAAUCAUUCUUUAGGACCUUCCAUCUUUCUCUUACUUUGUCAUUGGUACCAACAUGGACCAUGACCGCUGGGUCAUCCCCAGCCCCUCCCAAUAAUCCAUCCACUCUGUCAGCAACAUGCCGGACCCGAGCACCCGGGAGACAGCAAACUGUCCGGUUGAGCCGAUCAGAGCGGCAGAUUGCCCUAUCUGCUCUCCUAAUGAUAGAGUCCCCUACCACCACAACCUGUCUUGCCUUCCUUACAUUUUGAUCCCCACCUGUACUAGGGGGGCUGUUAGCUCGGCUGUUAGAAGUAACAGCUUCCUCUAAUACAGCAACUCCUGAGCUGAUGCUCCCAACAUCUUCCCUCUGUUGGGGAAAAUAUUAUGUAUAUAUAUCUGUUUAAUAUGUGCUUGAUUAAGUCUGUGUGUAUGGGAGGUCAGGAAUUAUCUUAAAAGGGAGUUUCUGUUUAGAUAGCUGAAAAGAUACAGCACCUGAAAGGCACCAAUCACAUUUACAUAUUAACUGGUCUUCAAAGGAGUCCCUAUAUAGCAAAACACACCUUGGGUUAGAGGAAAAGGGAUGGCUGGGAAAGUUAACACUUAAAUAAAAUAACAGGAUAGACAACACUUUGGGCCUUGGGAAAGUAAAUCACAUUUCCAUAUCAAUUGAGCUGAGAAAUUUGCUAUUUACAACAUGGGAACCAAUUCCUUUAAAAAUAGAAGAUACUGACAUGACAUUAGAUUAGGUUUGGUAAGACACACAUGCUGCACAUAACAUUGCACAGCACAUACACAAUGUAGCAGAUAUUAUUAUACACAAUGUAGCAGAUAGUAUUAGAUGGAAUGUAUGAGUGUUAUGAAUGUAUUGUAACUGUAAUACUAUAACUCUGUAACAUUCUUCUUCUGUACUAUUGAAUUGGGCAGAUUCUAAGUAAAGCUUUCUCUCUGGUAAGAACUAUGGUGUUGGCUGUUUAUUUGUAAUAUUGGGUAGAAUACCUUAGUAGUGCUAGUCAUAUAUUUAUCUGGAUAAGGGGAUAAAGAUAUAUGUUAGUUCUUGGAAGAGGUGACACAGGGAUAUUACAUUCACUAUUAAAAACACAACGCAGAGUGGAUUUCUCUCAAAAGGAUACCAAUUGGAAGUAUUGGUGGUGAGAGAAGGAUUAUACAACAUAAUUGGUGCCGUGACCGUGGCCGGAAGAUUUCUUUCUUCAGAAUCUGUCUAGGAUCCAAGUUUUAACAUCAACGUAUUUGGUUCUGUGACUGUCAGCCAGAAGAGGUUUCCAGUGUCUGCAUAAAGCUUGGUGAGUAUAUUUGUUAUUUAAUCUAUUGCUGCAGUGUAUAUUUUUAAUAUGGCAUGCAAAAAAGUAGAUGCAAAAAUGGCUUGUUCAGAAAAUGUUAAACAAUGGCUUAUGAAUUUUAUUAAGAGACAUGGUGGUCCUUAUGAAAUCCCUCAGGACUGUAAACAGUCAUGGGAAAAGAUGCAGGAGUUGUUAGGAGAAAUGUUAUUUGAUAAAAAUGUUUCUGAUAAAAAAAGAAAAGGGUGUAUUGUGCAAGCAUUACUAUCAUGUUGUUUAAAAUUAGAGGGAAUUGUAAAAAUAAAGGAGGAUGAAAUGGCAGAGCUAAACUCAGUAAUUAACAUGAAAAUGGCAGAAAGCAUGGCACCUUCGAGUAGGUCUCCGGUAUCUGAAAUUCCAGGGUCUAUUGCUAACCCAGGGAUUGGAGAUACAGGAUACAAACCUUUUUAUCCAUGGGAGGAUUUGAAACAAAAGUCAGUGACAAAUCUCCCUGCGGCUCCAACUACAACAACCACAGUGUUGAAUCCUGAUAAUUCUGGAGAGAUUCAGCUGGUUACUAAGCAGUUGAAGCAACAAGAAAUGGAUGCCAUAGUUAGAGAAAUAGGGCAGGUCCCUCAGCAGGAUAUAAAUCGCUUUUUGCAAUGGUUUUGUGGAGUUCAAAGAGUGAAAGAGAUGUAUAGUUUGACAACUAGUGAUAUGGAGAGAGUGCUGCAGAGAGUUGUUGGAAAUGGAUUGUGGGUCAGGAUUGUACAGACAUGUGGUCAGCAGCGUAGAACUAGGGAUAUGUUGAAAGAGAUCUUGAGAGCACUUUAUGGAGUUACAUCAAAUGUGUCAUUGUCUGGAAAAAUUAAACAGCUGAAACAAGAGUCUCCGUAUGAAUUGUCAGCUAGAAUCUCCACAGUGAUGGAACAGUUUGGUGUCAGUAAUCCUGGUUUUGAACAGGGAGGGAUGGUGCAUAGAUCAAUGUUUUUGGAUGCAUUAGAGCAAGAUAUUAAAGAUGAGAUAUUAUUUGUAACCCCAAACCCAUCAGAAAUGUGUGAUUUACUGUUAAGAGCUGAUAAUUUGUGGCGAAGAAAGGUUAAAAGUGAGAGUUUUGCUGUAGAUACUGCAAGGAUUUUCAGAGUAGAGAGGAGAGACAGGUCUGCCAUGUAUCCUCAGAAACUAUUCAGGGGAGAUAGAUUUCAGCAUGUGGGAAAUUUUAGAUGUGAGAAUGAAUCUGAUAGUGACAAAAGACAGAGAAAUCCACAGAGGGACUAUAGGAAUAGGGAUAGUGCUAAAGGGAGCAAUGUAAUGGGAGAUAAUUGGAGAAAUAGAUGGGAUGAGCCUCAGGUAAUUAACAAUAAUUGGAAUAAUAAUAAUAACUGGGAGAGGCUAAAAAGGAGAGAUAAUACCUGGAGAAAUAACAGUUGGGGAGAAAAACGAAGAAACAACAGGAACAGUUAUUGGGAGAAUUCUUGGAGAAGGAACCAUAGAUGGGAUGAUCAGACCAGUAGAUGGAAUUGGGAUAAUUGGAGGAAUAAAGAAGGGAAUAGAGAAUACUGGGACCUGAAGAAACAGACUGAGAGAUUGGAGGCAGACGUAAAAGCGCUUAGGGAACAGAUGAGAAAUGAGAGAGAGACUGAUCAAUUGAGGGUUCCCAGCAAUUAACUACCAUAAUUAUUUUUUGUUUUUCUCUACAUCUGUAUGUAUGUUUGUUUUUCUUUUGUUUCUAUAUAUGGUUAUCAAUAAAAAUAGCCUUAAGCUGCUUUUUAUCUUUGUAUGGCAACAGACCGUUGUCAGUUUUCUAUAGAUUGCAUGCUGACUAACAUCUUUGAUUUUUUGUCGUUUUUAUUUUUAAAAAGGGAUAUAACAGAGCAUCAGAUUGGAAACGGAGUAAUGUUGCAAGAUUUUUCCCCCUACCACCCAUUUCCAAAACCAAAAUGGAAAGGUCCAUAUAUUGUGCUUGACAAAAUUGUCCCUUCUGUGUAUUUGUUAGAUGUGGGAGAUGAGCACUUUAUGCCAAGUUAAUGUAAAUGUUAACAUAGUCUCUUAGUUCUCAUUUACAGAUAAUAGGAGAUGGAGUGGAUCCCUGGAAGAGCAGCUCACAGUAGAAAUAUGAAGUGCAAGAAAACAGCUGUCGUGAUGUGGUGGUUAUGUGUAUCGUUUUUUAUGUAUAUAUUGUAUAGCUUAGGAAAAGGGAAUGUCAUGAUGAAGAAUAACAAUAACAUGGUACAUCAGAGUACUCCAGUAGAGGGUUAUCAUAGGGAGAAAAGGAGUUCAGAAGAUUCAGAGAAUAUCAUAGUAACAUUAAAAGUAAAGGAACAAUCACCUGAAGUUACAUGUAAAGAUAAUCUUACAGUGGUUGGGCCUAUAGGGGGGUGGAUAGUGAUACAAUGUAAUAUUUCAAUGCCUGAAACUAACCUUCCCUCUGAAUUUGCAGUUUGGAAAUAUCCAGGAGGAGUGAUUUACAUAAGAGUACAAGUAUAUUUUGGGCCAAUACCACAAAUGAAGUGAGGAUAAAGAUGCUGCUGGAAAGAAAUUUUACAUUUUCCCAGGAUGGUGUUGUAACAUGCAGCCCCCAUCAGACAGGAUUACAUGAUACAGUUGACCCAGCAAUUAACAUAAGAAUUAUACAUUCUCAGGACUGUCCAACUACCACCCUAUGGCCAGAGCAUGGCCUUUUCUUACAACCAACACAAACUGUUGUGUAUACUGAUGUAUCUUAUGUAACAGUACCGUUAUUGUUAAAUUUUUCAUUAUUUAAUAUACCAGAGAGUUGCCCAGAGAUGAUGAAAGAAUGGUUUAAAAAUGUAUUUCAAGCACAUAUUAAUCUAUUCUGGGAUGCAACACAAGGGCUCAAGUUUAGAGAGAGAGAAAAAAGGGAUCUGGGUACUGAUAUAAUCUCAGGACUCAGUUUGGGAACAUCAAUUUGGAAUAGGGCAGACAUAGAGGGUCUUAACUCAAAUUUAUGUUAAUGGGUUGCAGCAAAUUAUGCUUAAAGAGGGACGAGUGGAUUUUAACACUCUAGCUGAAACUGAUGUCACGAUACAGAACAUUCACACAGUUGCUGCAGAUUUGCAGUGGAUUAAUAUAUCUGUGAAUGCUCUCAGAGAAUCAGUUAAUAACAAUAAUGUAUCUAAAGCUAUGUGUUACGACACGUACCGUCGGGUAGAUGAAGCCGCCGUUUAGGCAAUAAUCCCCUUCUCCAGAAAUGCAGUUUAAAUCCAGCCGAUCGCCAAACUCCCGAACGAAGUCCACGAACACGGCAACUCCCGAUCAGCCAAACAGUCGAACGCCUUAUACAGCUAGAAAUAACGAAAGCGCUGUCCCAGUAAUAAUUCCCCCACAAACGAGACCAAGCUCCGUCUUGAGGGUCAAAUGAAGUUCUGUUUAAUGGGGGCUACCUGCCCGGUAUUUAUGCAGGUCUCCACAAGGUGGACACUCCCCGAGGGGACCUUGUGGAAGACUGUAAAACAUAUUGGACAGUAGCCAAUCGCAGUGGCUUCAAUAAUAGCCCUUCCCAUCUUACCCACAAAUCCGUCUUCUCUACCCUGGAGAUAAUUAGGAAGAAACCUAAUUAUCUCCCAAGGUAGAGACAAUCGCCAUUUUAGCUUACAGUAACAAAAAUACAUUAAAAUACAUAACGACAGAAAUACCGAAUGCAUAUGGUUCAUGUAACGUAUCCCCAGACAGCCUGGAUCUGAGGGCAUGUUUUCACCGAACAGCGCUCAGAUCCGAUGUAUCUAGUCGAAUCGCCAUGGAGUCAAAGUCUUGCACCAGUCCUUCGGUAUACGAAUGACUCCAUGGGAUGGCUGUCGGGGUAAAAGUCCAUACGAAUGAAUAAAACUCCCGAACGACCGACGUUCGCAUGCCUUGUCGAAAAGGAAGGUAGGCAGCAGCUUUUCAGCGGUGUUCGGUAGUUUAAGUGUCCGUUUUUAGUUCCAUACAGUUUGUACCGAACACCGCUCUGUGUUCGUAUGUCCCAAAAUGGCCGCUGCCUCGUGGUCGACAUGCGAACGACGACCACCCGUACGAAUGGAAUGGAGAGGUGUCUGCGGUUAACCACAACGUUCUAAUUGGGGCCAAGAGGUUAACCAGCAGCACACUCCUCUCCUGGGUGGUCGUUCGUUCGGUAGUUUCAAUCGGCAUUUUGCAAAUUGCACGAACGGGGUUAUAUGAACAGGCAAUUCCGCGAACAAAGGGAAACAGACGAACCAACAAUGCAGAUGAAUCUGUCACACGGAUCCCCCCCCUUUAGCGGGUCAACGUGGGGAUGACCGGACUAAGAUGGGGUGAGGAUGUCGGUUUGCCUGGACAAUCCAUCUGCGUUCCCAUUCUGCUUACCGGGUCGAUAAGUGAUGGUGAAGUUAUAUGGCUGUAGGGCUAAACUCCACCUCAGCAGUCUGCCAUUGUCUCCAGAGACCCGGUGAAGCCAGACAAGGGGAUUGUGGUCCGUCACAAGGGAAAAUUCUUGUCCAUAUAAAUACGGGCUUAGCUUCUUCAAUGCCCACACCAGAGCCAAACAUUCCUUCUCCACUGCCGCAUAACUCACUUCUCUGGGUAACAACUUUCUGCUGAGAUAUGCGACAGGGUGCUCUCCUCCAUCUUCCCCGACCUGGCUCAGCACAGCCCCCAGUCCAUACAUGGAAGCAUCUGUAUGGACGAGAAAACGUUUGUUAGGGACUGGGGCAGCCAGGACAGGGGCAUUCACAAGAGCUUGUUUGAGUGCUUGGAACGCAGCUUCACAAGCUGGAAACCACAGGACCUGCUUAGGAAGAUUUUUCUUGGUCAGAUCAGUCAGGGGUUUGGCAAUAGCGCUGAAGUCGGGGACAAAGCGUCUAUAGUACCCUGCUGUCCCUAGGAAGGCUAACACCUGGGUCUUGGUGAUAGGUGUGGGCCAGUUAGCAACUGCCUCUAUCUUGGCUGGCUCUGGCCUCUGGCUCCCACACCCUACUCUGUGACCCAGGUACUGCACUUCAGCCAUGCCUAAAUGGCACUUCUCUGGUUUCAAUGUCAGGCCAGCGGCCCAAAUCUUGUCCAGUACUACCCCUACAUGCACUAGGUGUUCUUCCCAGGACUCACUGUAGAUCGCAAUGUCAUCCAGGUAUGCACAAGCAAAUUCCUGGAAUCCAUCAAGAAGUCUAUCCACCAUACGCUGGAUGGUAGCUGGGGCAUUCUUCAUCCCAAAUGGCAUGACCUUAAAUUGGUACAGGCCAAAUGGGGUGACGAAGGCCGACUUGGGGAUAGCAUCCUCGGCCAGGGGAAUCUGCCAGUAGCCUUUGCACAGGUCUAUGGUGGUCAGAUAGCAUCCCCUGGCAAUGCGAUCUAGCAAUUCGUCUACCCGGGGCAUCGGGUAGGCGUCAGUGGUGGUCCGCUCAUUGAGACGCCUGUAGUCCACACAGAACCGGGUGGUCCCAUCCUUCUUGGGCACCAGGACUACAGGCGAGGCCCAAGGGCUAUCGGAGUGUUCGAUGACCCCCAGCUGGGUCAUCUCCUGUAUCUCCUUCCGCAUUCCUUCCCGGACUGCUUCAGGGAUACGGUAGGGGGGUUGUCGCAGAGGGUUCUGUCCAGGGGUUUCUACCUUGUGUACAGCUAGGGUAGUGUAACCAGGUUCUUGGGAGAAGGUUGCCUGCUUUUCCCAUAGAAGCUGUCUGGCCUGGCCCUUCUCGGUAGCGCUCAAUCUGUCCCCUAGCUGUACUAGGCUAGUAAGAUCCGUCUGGGGGUCCCUCUCUAACAGGUCUGGCAAGGGUAAACUUUCUGUAUCAUCUGCAGCAGGGGCACAUACUGCAGCG